CAGCCCACUUCCAUUAACUGAACAGCAGUGGUGAACAGACUUUCAAUUGAAAACACGUUCUUCUGGAUGUAAAAUGCGAAUAGGAGUUACGUGCUAGCAUGAGAUCCCUAAGCUUCGUUCUGAGUCCCCUGCUGCCGCUGGUUUUCCUGGUUGGACCCUGCUAUGGAGUGUCCUACUUCGGUGAAAGUUUCUGCAAGAUCAAGGCCACCCAUGAUGUAACUUCCUUCAACCUCUCGCUGCAGUUCUUGACCAGCAAACGCAGUGGGCUUCUCUUCCUGGCUGCUGGGCUCAGCGACCACCUGCUGCUAGAGCUCAGGGAUGGACAUCUGCAGGUACAUUUGGAGUUGGGAUCUGGUGAAGUGGUCCUAACAUCUGAGUCUGGCCUGAAGCUCAAUAACCUUGUCUACCAUGACGUGACCCUCACUUUGAAGGAGAGAUUGUUGACCAUGGUGAUCGAUUCAUUUUUCUCCCGCUCUGCUAAGCUCCCUAACACCCAGCAGGAUCUGGGCAUUGACCUCGGAUUUUACUUGGGAGGAACAGGUAACCAGGAGAGGAUACCCUAUCUGGAAGGAUCUGCCCCUCCCUUCAGGGGCUGCCUAAGUGACAUUGUAUUUAAAUUCAAUGAUGUUGACCUCUUAGCCUUGGAGCAUGAGCAAUCCGAGUGUCACGAGAUCACCAAGGGCUGCAGCGAGGAGUUCCAGGCUGGGGAAGGAGAUUCAAUCCGCCUUGUCAGUCCCAAUUCGUUUGUUGCCUUCCCGACUUGGAAUGCACAGGAAAGCAGGACACUUGAGCUGCUUAUGAAGACCACACUUGAAGAAUCACUUUUGCUUUUCCAUGCUGGGCAUCAGACAGACUUUAUAACCUUAGGACUAGUGGCUGGUUACUUAAGAGGGGUUGUAAACCAAGGCAGCGGGGCUGUAAUCCUGGACAACCCUUUUGUUCAGGUGGCCGAUGAUCAAUGGCACAGAGUCAAAAUCAGAAUUGACCCUGGCUCGUUUGAGAUCACAGUGGAUAGUCAAGCCUCCGGGGUGUCAUUGAGUGGCACUGAGAGCUUAGAUCUGAAGGGGAAUCUAUACUUUGGUGUUCUUGGGAAGACGGUUCAGGACGAUCUGAGGAACACUGGGGUCUUAUAUCAUCUUGGGGAUGUGACAACAGAUGACUCUUUCGUUGGCUGCCUGGGAGACAUAAAAGUCAACCAUGAAGAGAGAAGCCUGCGGGAUGUUCUGAUAUCAAAGGACAUCCAGACCACCUGUAAUGAAGAAGACUAUGGGGACUAUUCAAGCGCAUAUGACGAGGAAUCUGUAGUUACCCCAACUCCGAACUCUGACGUAUUUGAGUUUAUAGAUGUUGACUCUGAUUGCCACCCUACUGAAGACAUGCCACCUGUUUUUUGGAAUGUCACUCAGCUCUUAAAAAUUAUCCCACUGAUUGUCCCUGAAGGCGGACAAGCCUUUUUGGAUUUAAACAACCUCCAACCCACUGUGGACCUGAACAGCAUCGGCAUCAGGCAGUCCCAGAUUGUCUUCACGCUGCAGAAGGACCCUUGGCAUGGUCAUAUGGAUUUAAAUGUAAACAACUUGAAUAGAAGACAAAAGUUCACCCUUCUUGAUGUGGUCAAUAAGAAAAUCAAGUACAUCCAUGAUGGUUCAGAAAGAUACAUGGAUCAGCUUCUGUUUGAUGUGGUGGCCUACAGUACAGGCUUCCUUCCUGAAUGUUUGGCAACCAAGCGGUAUACACUUCCCAUACAGAUCACACCCAUCAAUGAUAUACCACAGCUGAACGGAGGAGACAUUUGGAUCUCAGAGUACACACGCACACGCCUCGGUUCCAACUUCAUCCGCGUAGUAGAUGCAGACACCAGAUGUGAGGAACUAAAGCUAUUAGUGACUUCUGGACCCAGUAAGGAGGAGGGUUAUUUAGAAAACAGGCAACAACCAGGGCAGAGCAUAGAAGAGUUCACAUGCAUGGAACUUAAAGAUGGAGACAUCUACUAUGUACACAAGAGCGGAAGCUUUGCUCAACUAAAUAUUCAGGUCUCUGAUGGACGCGCAAUCAGCCAGCCAGCCACGUUCAAUCUCAGUGUCAGAAAACCGCAGAUGGCACUUGAAACAAAUACCGGCCUCAUCCUGUCCCAGGGUGAAGCAUCUGAGAUUGGUAUCCACAACUUGGCAGUGUCAUCCACUCCUCAGAAUGGGGCCAUUGUGUACAAUGUCACCAAGCCCCUGCAUUUUGGAGAGCUGCAGAAACUGGAAAAUGGAGAGUGGAAACACGUGAGAUCCUUCCAUCAAGAAGAUCUGAGGCAAGGCCAUUUGAGGUACUUCAGCACAGACAGUCGCGAUUAUAGUGAGGAGGUGGUUGAGAGGGUUCAGUUUGAUGUACAACUGGGCCAUCUGCUUCUGAGGAACAACACCUUCUUGAUCAAAAUCAAGCCCUCAAGAUUCAAAAUGGAAAAACUGGUUCCACUAGUGGUUGAAAAAGGAGGGCAACAGGCUAUCACACUGGAGGAGGUGGAGGUGGCCCUGAAGGGACAAAGUGUUGAAUACACCUCCUUCAAAUAUAUGAUCGUGAAGGCUCCUGCUAAGGGUAGUCUGCUGCUGCUGCUGGAUCGAGAACUAUUUGAAGGAGACACUUUCACUCAAGAAGAUCUGAGAAAAGCUCAUCUCAACUACAAGGUUAGGAUCCACAGAGCUGUGGAGAUUGAGGAUGAGUUCCAGUUCCAGGUGUUUGUAGAUCAACAAUACUCACCUGUAUACACCUACCCGAUUAGGAUCCUAGCUGAUCCAGACGUACCUGUCCUAAUAAAUGAGGGACUGACUAUCAUAGAAGGUGAAGAAAAAGUCUUGACUAAAGACCAUCUCUGGCUUCAGAGUAGAAACACAACACAUUUUGUGUACCGGGUCAUUCAGAAUCCUCAGUAUGGACGGCUUAUCAGGGAAUCUCCAGUUGGACAGCCAAGGUUUGAAGGGGCAGUCAGUGUGUUCAGUAAUGAAGACCUGCUCUUGGAGAGGCUGAUCUACAAGCAUGAUGGGUCAGAGAGCAGUGAAGAUGAAUUUACAUUUCUGGCUUUCGAGCAGACCAAAGAGAGCUCUCUGGUCCAAGCCUUGUGGCAAGAUUCAGUGAAAGGAGUGUUCAAAAUCAACAUACAGUCCAGGAAUGACCAUGUGCCAGUCCGUUUAGUGGACAAGACUUUCAGUGUUGUCAGAAACGGUCAGCGUUUGUUGACCACAGAGGACAUCCUCUUUGGUGAUGAAGAUUCUGACUUCAAUGAUUCCCAAUUAGUCUAUGUGCGGAUGGGUAUUCCCUAUGGCAAUAUAGUGUCAGCACAAGAUAACUCCCAGUCACUUUUUCGUUUCACCCAGGGGGACCUAAGGGAGAAGAAGGUGCUUUUUGUGCACCAGGGUGCAGAUCGUGGCAGGUUUCAGCUGCAGGUAUCUGACGGACUUCACAAAACUACAGCCCUGCUAGAAAUUCAGGCCUCAGACCCUUAUCUUCAGAUAGCAAAUAACACCAUGAUUGUUGUCGACCAAGGUGGGUCCAAGAAGCUGGACAGCACCAUCUUGAGCGUGGAGUCCAACAUGGAUAUCAGAGACCCAAAGGACAUCAAGUAUGAGGUGGUUGUGCCUCCGAGAGAAGGGGAGAUCACAGUCAAUGGACAGGAGGCCAUGUCCUUUUCCCAGGACAACCUCAGGAAAGGGAUGGUGUCAUACCACCACAGCGAUAAAAGUCUAAGCUCCAAGGACUACUUCGAAUUCACAGUGAAAGCCAAUCAGGUCACAGUAGAAGGAAUGUUCAAAAUAAGGAUUUUUAGGGAAGGCUACCAGUUACCGCCUAAAGUAGUGAGAAAUGAGCUGAUCUACUCCUUUGAAGGAGAGCUGACUGAGAUCAACCAGGACCUUCUGACGGUGGAACAUGCUGAUUUCCUACCCUCUGAAGUUGUUUAUUACAUUAAAGAGCCUCCCCAGCAAGGUCACAUUAUCAUGCUAGUCAAUGACUCUGCCGCCACAGCAGCCCCCAGCUUGUAUGACACCCAGUCAUUCACUCAGGAGGACAUCAACAAUGGCAGAGUCAUCUACAUCUCCAAGCUGGGCCAAAAAAGUGACGCCUUCACGGUGGAUGUGACCAACGGCAUUACCAGCGUGGAAAACAUCCAAGUUCUCCUUGAGAUUAUUCCUAACAUGAUUCCCCUCCAGGUGAAAAAUAUUAUGCUGAUGGAAGGGGGGUCCAAACCACUGAAUAAAGACAUCCUCAGAGUGUCCGACCAGUACUACAGCAGUGUGAACAUAGACCUCAUUGUAGAUGAGCCACCCAGACACGGCGCUCUUAGGUAUCCAGCCAGAGAUGAGUAUGUGGUGUCCUUCUUCACUUGGAAUGAGGUGGACCAAGGGCUGAUCUCCUACCAUCAUGAUGGCAGCGACACUGAAUUUGACAGCUUCACACUUAUAGCCUCGGCUUCUGAGAUAGACAGGAACAGCAGACCGGUGACGGUCAACAUUACUAUCAUUCCAGUCGACGAUGAUCCUCCCAGAGUUACAGUCAAUACUGGAUUGGAGAUUUGGCCUGGAGAAACUGCUGAAAUAAGUCAAAGUGUUUUGAGCAGUGAAGAUCGGGACACCCCUGCAGAAGAUUUGAAAUAUUCCAUUGAGCCCCCAUCCAAUGGGCGGGUGGCACUGCGGUCAUCACCUAGCAACAGCAUCCAGAGCUUCAGUCAGGCGCAAAUAAAUGAUGGGCAAGUAAUUUUCAUCCAAGAAGGUCCGCUGUCUGGUGGUUUUAGCUUCACGGUGACUGACGGAACACACACCUCCGCUCAGGUCUUCAAUGUUACUGUGAGGCAGCUGUCCAUCGUCAUGGAAACCAAGGGGGAGCUUGCAGUGUAUCCAGGAACAAGCAAACCAAUCACUACCCAGAUCCUUAAAGCAGUGACCAAUGGCGUGAGAGAGGAGGCGCUCUCAGAGGAGAUAACGUAUCAUGUAUUGAGAGCACCGCGUCUAGGCAGACUGGUCUCAGCCAAUCAGACCGUGGUGUCCAGUUUCUCUCAGGCAGAGCUGGAGACUGGAUCUAUCUGGUACCAGCAGGAGCUCCCCAAGGAGGCAUUCUGGAUUUCCCAGGACUCCAUUGAUUUCCUGCUGUCCGCACCUCCAGCCUCCGAGCUGAAACACACACUCAAGAUAUCCAUAUCUUUCCUGGAGCAUAACCCCAGCGGCUCCUCCCAGCUCUGGAAGAAUACAGGUCUGAACAUCCUGGAAGGUGAAGGUACAACCAUUGACAGAUCCAGAUUAGAUGCUUCCAACUUCCUAGCCAGUCUACCAAUGCCUCUAAGUGCAUCCAAUGACAUUGCGUUUGAGGUGACGAGGUUUCCUGCUCAUGGAAGACUCUCUUUGGUUGGCCAAGCCUUGCAACUGAACUUUCCGUACUUCUUGCAGGAGCAUAUAGAUAGGAGGGAGCUUGAGUACCUCCAUGAUGGUUCAGACACUGAAGCAGACAGCUUCACCUUUCAAGUCUGGCUCAAGCCAAGGGAACAGGGACUUGGAAGUCAGUCACAAAAAGGCAUUGUCAUUGAAGAGGCCUUCAACAUCUCCAUCAAGCCCGUAAACUACAAUCCUCCUGAACUGGUGAGCCAGAACCUUGUUCUGGAAGUCCUACAGGGUUCCAUUACCAUUCUUAGCCAGGAGAACCUGAAUACUGUUGACCAGGACAGUUUGCCUAACAAGAUUAUCUUUACAAUUACAAAAGGUCCUACCAACGGUCUCCUAAUUGAUAGAGACACAAACAACGUAAUCAACAUGUUCACACAAGCAGACAUCAAUUCCGGCCAGGUAGCUUUUGUAAGUGAUGGAAGCCUAUCUCCUGGUUUUAUGGACUUCAUUAUCUCUGAUGGAAAGCAUCAGACUUCCUCUUAUACAUUGAAUAUCAACGUCUUUUCAAGGAAUCUGACUUUGAUCCAAGCUGAGGAGUUCCAUGUUAAGCAAGGAGACACCAAAACACUUAUAACGGAUAAUGUUCUCAAGGUGAUGGUGGAUUCAAAGAAGCAGCAGGAGGUGCUCUACGAGAUAACUGAAACCCCGAAAUAUGGAACUGUGGUGGUUGAUCUCCUCCCCGUGUCCCAGUUCUCACAGAGGGAAAUUGAUGAAGGGAGAGUCAGCUACCAGUUCUUGAACUUCACAUCCCAUAAGGACAGUUUCAGGUUCAUGGUGCAGUCCAGGGCAGCCAAUGUUUCUGGUGUUCUGAACUUCACUGUGAGUCCCCUGGUGGACUUACCAGAGGAUCCCCUUUGGCCCAGAGAAACAACCAUCUUGGUGGACACCAGCAUAUUAAAUGCCUCAAAACUGGCCAACAGGACUGAGAGUAUUCCAUCUUACAAGAUAACACGUCAACCAAGAGGAGCCAGGUUUUUACCAUUUAACAGCGGCAAGGACGAGAAUGGCACGUUACACUUCUUCACCCAAAAAGACCUUGAGGAAGGAAGGAUUGUCCUGGAAAUAUUUAGCCAAACAGAUGUAGGAGAUCAGGUUCAGAACGAUACCUUUCAGUUUAUUCUGAUGGCAAAUGGUGUCCCGCCAGCUCUGGGCUCCUUAUCCUUCAGGACUGCCCCCUACAACUCCUCUGUCAUCUAUGAUGCAAUUUUGAUCAAGGUUCCAUCCAGUGGGACUGGGGACCUAGAACCAGAAGGCAGGAACCUCCCUGGGGUGGAGGAUUCUUCUUUAGCCUCUCCAGAUACAUCACGGUGGGGAGGGACUGAAGAUGGGGCUUCCAAAGUUCACCCAACCUCCCGUCCUGUGAAAGCAGGAACCGAAAAGAAGCAAGCAAUCGUGUCUUUGGAAAACAACAUUUUAGCAAUCAUCAUUCCCAUCUGUGUCAUCAUCUUGCUCUUAAUUGUGGCGGCUAUCUUGGCAUAUUACCUCGUCCAUCGCAACAAAACCGGGAAGCAUGACGUCCAGGUGAUCUCCUCCAAGCCCAAAAACGGAGAGGUCAACCAAGAGACAUUUCGGAAGACCGAUCCUGCCCAUAGCAUACCUCUAUCGAACAUGGGCCCACAAGUCUCCAAGGAAGGGAUUCAAGGCAAUUCAGGACCCCCCAGUGGACAACUUGACCCUGAGAUAUUGCAGUAUUGUAGGACAACAAACCCAGCUUUAAAAAAGAAUCAGUACUGGGUAUAAGCUUGGCGCAUGACCACAUUGGAGGAGUUCCAUUUAAUUAAUUUUAAAGAGGUUUAAAAGUCAUUCCUCACAGUAUUAUUAAAAUGGUGUUUCUAGAGCUUAAACCACCAUGGGCCUUUAUUUUCCUCAGGUUUUGCAAAAUGUAUAAUAGGUUCCACCAUAUGAAGAUUAUGAUAGCUGUCACAAGUGCUCAGUUUAUCACUGAUACACAUAUUAAGAAUGUUAUGUCAAAGGAAGAAACUGUUUUAUUAUUCUAGAACUAUGUAUAGAUUCCAUUAGCUGAUGGAAUAUCUGUACUGUGUUGAGCAAAAUCAACAUACAGAUACUAGCUAGACCAACCAAACUACUAGGAAUUAUAUGACAUGGAAUGUCUAGACAAAUACAGUCUCUUUACCACCUACGGUGUAUCGAGUGCUUAUGACAGCUACUGAAUUGACAGCACUGAAUAACAAAGUAUACUAUUGGGUCACUCACUGGAAACUACAGUGUGGACAUUCCCAAGCUGCCAGCUGCCACUUAACUAGCCUAGAGAUUAUAAUAUUUCCAACUAAAAUGCCCAUUUCUUCAGCUAUGAUUGCUUCUCCCUACUAAGAUAUGGGCUGUAAAUUGUCAGAUCUAAUUUUAUGUCAGAAAGAAAAUAUAUUUUCGAUAUAUAGUUUACAAAUGUAUAACAUAUUUUCAAGGUAUUUAAAUAUGUGUGUGAAGUCAUAUACAAUAUUAUCCAUUUACACCAUACUUAAAAAAACAAAUGUAUUUUCCGUCUGCGAUUGAAAGCCAUAUUAUGGAAAUUACUUGAGAUGAACUAUUUCUUUGCAUUCAGAUUUGGUUUUGUUAAUACACUAUAAUUUGGUGCUAAAAACUAAACAGAUUUAUUUUCUUUUCUGUAAGCUGAAGUUUAUUUCGAAUAAUGCAAAGAAAAUAAGUUCAUAUUCAUUUUUAAACAACACAAUACUAAUGUUUUAACUUAGGAAGAGUUCAGAAAUCAAUAUUUGGUGGAAUAACCCUGAUUGAAGCCAAGUACAAGGUAGUCCUGGAAGAAAACUUGCUUCCUUCUGCUCUGAAAAUGUUCCCCAACUCUGAGGAUUGGUUUUUCCAGCAGGACAAUGCUCCAUGCCACACAGCCAGGUCAAUCAAGGUGUGGAUGGGGGACCACCAGAUCAAGACCCUGUCAUGGCCAGCCCAAUCUCCAGACCUGAACCCCAUUGAACACCUCUGGAAUGUGAUCAAGAGGAAGAUGGAUGGUCACAAGCCAUCAAACAAAGCCGAGCUGCUUGAAUUUUUGCACCAGAAGUGGCAUAAAUAACCCAAAAUCAAUGUGAAAGACUGGUGGAGAGCAUGCCAAGACGCAUGAAAGCUGUGCUUGAAAAUCAGGGUUAUUCCACCAAAUAUUGAUUUCUGAACUCUUCCUAAGUUAAAACAUUAGUAUUGUGUUGUUUAAAAAUGAAUAUGAACUUAUUUUCUUUGCAUUAUUCGAGGUCUGACAACACUGCAUCUUUUUUGUUAUUUUGACCAGUUGUCAUUUUCUGCAAAUAAAUGCUCUAAAUGACAAUAUUUUUAUUUGGAAUUUGGGAGAAAUGUUGUCAGUAGUUUAUAGAAUAAAACAAAAAUGUUCGUUUUACCCAAACACAUACCUAUAAAUAGUAAAACCAGAGAAACUGAUAAUUAUGCAGUGGUCUCUUAAUUUUUUCCAGAGCUGUAUAUAGGAUUACAUGUACUUGAAAAACAGAAAUUGCCGUAUGUAAAUGCAGGUUCAACAGUGUUAAGCUUGCAGUAUAAUCACAGUCCCCUACCCUGGUUACUAAACAUAUAGAUGUACCGCUAUCUAGAAGUACACAUUUCUGUUGCUGCAGCUGGACUGACAUUCAUAUAAUGAUUUAUUUGUUUUUUAUGACUGCAGAUAGUAUUUUUUUCAAGUGUUCUUGGGUUCAAGCUUUUCCUCCAGCACUGAACCCAUGGAAGGGCUAAGUACAUGAACCCACUGAAGCAUGCAUUGGUAGAACUGAGGCAACAUGCAUAAACAAGCAGACUCAAUCCCUCAACCUCUGGGUUAAGAUUGCAGUGAUUGUGGGACGUAGCUGUAAAGCGGUACUGAACACUAGACUAGAACACAGUCACUGUAUCCUGUCCUGUGAGUGCAUUCAUCUAAAGUAAUAGAGCAAUCUCCCCCAUGGAGGGUAUGUCUAGUUUGCUUAUCCUAGUUUAUAGAUUCUUCACAGUUACUACAAGCUUCUGCCGAUGUGUUCGGCUACAUUCCUCACUAUUAGUGACCCAGAACUUGUGAGUAUCUCUAUCUCUAUUAUGUUGAAAAUUAUUUCAUAUGUCCCAAAAAAUCACCAAACAUCUGGUGAGUCAUGUCGUUUGGAGGCUCCAUCCUUGUUUGGCAACUUUUGACAUGAACCACAAUGUACAAUCACAAAAGGAAUACAAUUUAUUGUUAUUAUACAGUAGUAAGCACUAAAAGGAAUGACACAUGUAUUGUUUCAAAUAGGGGUGUUCCAAUACUCAUAUUUUAGGAGUAAUUCCCUUUAAGAAGUUUUAAGUUGUUAGGUAUUCAUUAAAUAACAGCCUUUAUUCAGUUUAAAUUGGCGGGGCCUAAUAUAUUUACAUUUCCUGUGUAUAUGAUAUUUUUGUUUGUUUUAAAGUUUCUUCAAAUCUUGUGUGAUAUCUAUCUUGGUGUCUGUGCAGGAAUUCAUUCAUAACCACACUUUUUUGACAGGUUUUAAAUUAAAAAUCCAAAAAUGACUGUUGUAGAUUUCACUUUUGUAUAUAAAUAUGUAUAUUAUUAUUUUGUUUCUAGUAUAUUUUCCAGGUUUGCAGUUGAUAGGUGUUGACUUUCUCUUUGAAACUCCAGCAUCAAUAUAUACUAGAGCAGUUUUUAUGACUAUUUUAUGGAUAGUUGCAGAUACUGUAUUACAUUCCAAACCAAACCAUGGCAUCUCCAUUACAGCCAUCCCAUAGCAUUUAUAUAACAGAGCCUGUACGUUUUGAAACGGACAACAGUCAUCUCUGUACCUCAGAUAACGGCAGUCAUAGAAAGACUUUGGUUAGAACUCCGGUCGCUGUGUCUCCUGUGAGUCACAUGAUAUAUGAUUGUACACCAGGAAAAGCAUUGCACUAUAGAGCAGCCCUCUGUUCUAUCCUGCUAUUGAAACUGCGACAAGUGAGAAUGUCAUUUCCUUUGGAAAGGAGCAUUUUUGUGCAGCACAGCGAACAUUGGGCAAAUACAUGCAUACCACCAUGCCCAAUAGGGCUGUUAAGCAGUGUACCCUCAAAAGAAAUUGAAGAAAAUGUAUUUAAAUCAAAGGGGGAGCAGUAAAAUUGGACCUGAAGCUAAUAUAUGGUAUCAAUUAAAAUUGUGUUUCUAAGGCUUAACCCAUCAUGGGCCUGUAUUUUCCUCACACCAAACCUAUUACAGGCUAGUUAGUUUAGGUUUUAGUAUGCUGUAUGUGGUCACAAAUGCACAGCCAGGUUCAUCCAGUCCUUUAUUUCACCCCAGUGGCAGUAUUGCUGUAGCCAUGCUUUUUAUACAUCCUUUUGUUGCAAAUUAUACAGUAAUCUUCAAAGAAAACUACGAGAAAUGAUGUAGGAAUGUCUUAAACUUGUCAGUAUUUAGAAGAAUUUUGUUAAGAAAUUUGAGAAGUGUUGUGUAAUUAUACAAAAAAAAAAACUGCUGUAAAAAUUCCC